AUGGCUUUUGAUGCUAACGGUUUUUACGCUUCCGCCAUGUCGGAUUUAGACAGCGAAUAUCCAAAAGCGGAAAGUGGUAGACCGUUUCGAUCUAAAAAAGACAAUGAAGAAUUUGUUAAGCUCUUUAAUGACCAGAAAUUCAGACCUAGAACGGCUAUUUUAAAAGUCUGGUUUGACUUUCCCAAAAACAUGUUCUUCCAACCGAUACCAGCUAAAGAUAAAAUCACUUUUACGAACAAAGAAGGUAAAAAGGAAACUGGCACUAAAAUCAGGUUCAGAAAUGGUUUCUGUUCAGAGGUUUUAACAUUGGUCGAUAUUCAAGAAAUAGUUAAAGCCGGUGGACGAAUUAUUAGAAUAUUAGAUGGUAUAGUUUACGAAAAAAAUUUUAAAACUCCACCCUAUAGAGAUUAUAUUUCAAUUUUGAGAGAUCUAAGAAAUAAAUAUAAACGAGAAGGUAAUAUCAAGGAUAUAACUACAUCGAGACAUUUAUGGAGUGAAGCAACUUUAAAAGCCAACUUCGAUUCACACGUCAAAAGCUAUCCUAAAGUAAAUGAGACUCAAUAUAUCGUUGAGAUAAAUGAAGAAGAAAAAGAAAACCUCCUAAAUCUACACGACUAA